AAAAAACCACAUCUACUAUAAGGUUCUGUAUAAAAACUAAUAUUGAAAAAAAUUAAUGAUGUUUAAUUAAUGCUAUUAUUUUAGUGUGAGCUAACCCAGUUGUAAGAAGUCUCUUAUGCUGAUACCCUUCCCGUGCAAAAGAUACUCUUGACUUUGAAGUUUGGGAUAAAGAUGUUCUUCCCUUGUCUGGUUGAUAUAUAUUGGGAAAUGGGUUUUUAAUGAUCUCUGGUUUUCUUCGUUAAAAAUUGACUAUGGAACCCUGAAUUUCAGUGCAAGUUGAAGUUGUUCUCUUUUUGCUCUUUUUUUUUUUCAUUGGUUUCUGGUCUUGAUAAGGUAGUUACAAGAUCUAUGGAGUAAAAAAACAAAUGCCGUCAUAGGUCACAAAGUAGGGAAGAGGGCAGUGCCAAAAACGCAAGCUUAGCCCUUUUCUCCGGCAUCAAAACCGGCUUAAAAAUGUGCCUUUAAUGGCUAAGUUGUUCAGAAGAAGCAGUGAAGUGAACGCGUUUAAUGAACAGCUCCUGCUUUAUCUAUGGAUACUUUAUUAUUACUAAAACGUUUAGCCCAUGUGAGCUUUUGUCCAUUUCUCUUUUAUUUUAUAUAAAUACAUAGGCACAAGAUCCAUUGCUCUUCAAACUUUCAACAUAAACUUCGCCAACUUUUCCUCUCAUCUUGGGCUGGAGUUGUUUGAAGCUUUUCCUCAACAAAGAAAGUUUGUUUUUUUGGUUUUUCACUGAUUGAUUGGUUGGUUGUCGAGUUUUGGUGCUUAAAGAAAGAUUGUGAUCAUAGUUUUGAGUUUGGUGUCACAUCCUUUGUAAUUGAAUUUAUGAAAUGGGUUUAAUCCGGAAUUCAACUCUGAGAAGUGGGGAUUACUUGGAAGGGGUGCUCAGUGAAUAUGUUGGAGGCAGAACCAAGUUGAAAGUUAACAAGAGUGGCUCAGCUAAGCUUGUCACUGCUCUUACUUGUCUGCAAUUCGCCUUUGCUGUUUAUGCUACUUUGUUAUUAUACUACAUGAGUCCAGCACUAGAUUUAAGAACAAAACCAGACUUUACAUGGGCUACAAGAAUUGCACAACAUUGGAAACAAUUCGUAGUUCCACCACGUGUCCUUGGUAGAUACCAAGAAGCUGCUUCUAUUGUUGGAACAGAAAUCCAACCCAUCACUCCAUCAGAAGUGUGUGAGCAUGAAAAGAUUGAUUUCCAGCAGAAAAAGUCUAAUGAUGUUCAAAUGAUCAAGUUGAAAAGAGAGCUGUACGAUGAAAUUUUGGGUUUUCAGAGCAAGUCUAUUGGCACAGAAACUCUGUCCGAGUUAAUGGCAAUGAAAUCUAAGUGGGAUUUGCGAGGUUCAAAUAGACCAAAGGUUACAGUAAUCUUGAAUCAUUUCAAGAGAAAGACACUUUGUUCACAGCUUGAUUCACUGCUUCAACAGACACUUCCUUUUCACCAUGUUUGGGUGCUUGCAUUUGGGAGCCCAAAUGAGCUCUCACUUAAGAGAAUUGUAGAUAGUUAUAAUGAUUCAAGAAUCAGCUUCAUGGGUUCAAGUUAUGAUUUUAAAUACUAUGGGAGAUUUCAAAUGGCUUUACAAACUGAAGCAGAUCUUGUAUAUAUUAUUGAUGAUGAUAUGAUUCCUGGUAAGAAAAUGCUGCAGAUUUUAUCCCACGUAGCAGGCACUGAAAAGUAUCAGAACUCAGUUUUGGGAAGCAUAGGGAGGAUUUUGCCUUUCAGGCAAAAAGACUUCACGUUCCCAAGUUAUCGAAAAUUUCGAUCGAAGGAGGCAGGUCUAUACCUGCCUGACCCUGCUUAUGAUAUAACAGUUGAUAAAAUAGUGCAGGUGGAUUUCCUUUCCAGUUCGUGGUUUCUAUCUGCAGAACUUGUUAAGACACUUUUCAUCGAAGGACCAAUGACCUUCAUGACUGGAGAAGAUCUGCAUCUAAGCUAUCAGCUUCAGAAGUACAGGAAUGCAGGAUCAUUUGUUCUUCCAGUAGACCCAAAUGACAAGGAAACAUGGGGUGAUAGUGAGCACAGGCUUGCUUAUGUUUCUGAGACCACAGUUAUUUUCAAAGACAUUGUUCAAGUCCGAGAUGAUCAAUGGUGGAAGACACUUUCAACUGGUUAUGUGACUCAGUGGGCUGCAAUGUACCCUCAGAAAAUAGAUGCACUCUUUUAUGCGCACUCAGUUGAUGAAGUUAAAGCACUGGCACCUCUCCUUGAAAAGUUUAGGACUACUGUUGGCAAAAAAGCUUAUAUUGCUGUUUCAGGAGGCAAAUUUUGCCCUUGUGAAGAUGCUGCAACUGCUCUAAAAUGGCCUAAGUUGGUCUGCAAGGAGCGAAGGUUUAAGAUAUUCGAUUUGGAUGUCGGGGCACUGUCAGGAUUAUCAAACUCUGAAGUGCCAGUAAUGCAAGCAGUAUACUCUAGCAUGAAAGGAUUGAUCAAAAUUCACAAUCCCAGUGUGGUAAUCACAGUUGCUGACAUUGAUCCGAAUCUGAAGAAAGCUCUAAAAAUGGCUACUGAGACUAGCACUAAUGGAACAACAAUGAUUCUCCUGCCAAGGCCUUCUAUAUCCAAGGUUCUUUGGAUGGCAGACCUAAGAUCUACUGCUUUGCCAAAUUGGAAUAAAAUGCGCGUUUCUGUUAACAUAAUCACCCAAAACCGUGCUCAUUCUUUAACAAGGCUUCUCAAUUCCCUCAAAAAUGCAUAUUAUCUUGGGGAUGAAAUACCUAUCAGCUUCAACAUGGACAGUAAAGUAGAUGAAGCAACUAUAAGACUUGUAAGUUCAUUUGAUUGGCCUCAUGGUCCUAAAACCUUCAGAAGAAGAAUCAUCCAAGGAGGCCUAAUCCGAGCAGUUAGCGAAAGUUGGUAUCCUGCAUCUGAUGAUGAUUACGGACUCCUACUCGAAGAUGAUAUCGAAGUCUCUCCAUAUUAUUAUCUAUGGAUCAAAUAUGCACUCUUAGCCUAUCACUAUGAUCCUCAAGUUUCAUUCCCUGAGCUCUCCUCCAUUUCCUUAUACACACCCAGAUUGGUUGAGGUGGUGAAAGAAAGGCCUAAAUGGAAUCCAACUGAGUUCUUCAAGAGAAUCCAUCCGAACACGCCAUAUGUUCACCAACUACCCUGCAGUUGGGGUGCAGUGUUCUUCCCAAAGCAAUGGAGAGAAUUCUAUGUUUACAUGAACAUGAGAUUCACUGAAGAUGCUAAAUCAAACCCAGUUCAAAUUCCAAAGUCUAGAACAAAUGGGUGGCAAGCUUCAUGGAAAAAAUUCCUCAUUGACAUGAUGUAUCUUAGAGGCUAUGUCAGUCUCUAUCCAAAUUUUCCAAACCAAGCAAGCUUUUCAACCAACCAUAUGGAACCAGGGGCUCACAUUAGUGCAAAGGACAACGUUGUUAGACAUGACAAGUCAGACUUUGAGGUUCCAUUGUUAAAGGAAGAUUUCAGAAACUUUUUGCCUAAUGGUAAGUUGCCUCCAGCAUCAAAAUUGCCAUCACUGAACCUUUUUAAUCAGCCUGUUUCGCUUAAGGGUCUUAAAGCGGCUGGAGCUAAGUUGGGGCAAGAUGUACUAAGAUGCGACAAUGUCACAGAAAUUGUGUCUGUUGAUCAUGAAACAGGUCUGCCAAUUCAGUGCAUGAAAUUCUGACAAGUAUUGAGAAAAUGCCACUUGAUAAUUCUUUGCUUCUUUGAAGAUAUGUUCCUUGUAAUGUUCUUCUUGGCUUUUUGUUGUUGACACAAGAUUGUUUGAGAGAUUAAGUGGAGGAAACAGUGGGAUAUGCAAAAUACUGUUUCUUCCUUGAGUGAGUGAAAGGAAACAAGGAUUAAUAUAUUGGGAGGAAGAUGGGAUUUGUCCAUUGUAUGAAAGCCAAAAAUGGCUUUUCUUUAUUGUCUCCCGAACAAGAGAAAGAAACAAAUAUGUUUUUCUUC